CAGUAGCAGUCAACUGUACGGCUCCUUCAACUCCAGCAGCGGACUUUUCCAUUUGGUGCACCUUCAAAAGCUCAAUCUCGCUGGCAAUGACUUCAAUUAUUCUCAAAUUCCCCCAAGUAUCAGGUCUAAAAGGUCUAUGUGAAAACUUAACCAGCCUCAAACAUCUUUAUCUCGAUGAGGUGGACAUCUCUUCCCCGGUACCUCAUACCAUGGCAAACUUGUCUUCUUUGAUGUCUCUUGGCCUGAGCCGUUGUGGACUAUAUGGUGAAUUUCCUACAGAGAUUUUCAAGUUAAGAAAUCUUCAAUUCCUUAGUGUGAAAGGCAAUCAAGAUCUCAGAGGAUAUCUACCAGAAUUUCAUAGUAGUAGUCCACUUCGAAUAUUGAGACUUGCACACACGAGUUUCUUUGGUAAGCUUCCAGAUUCAAUUGGAAACCUACCAUCUUUAUAUGAAUUGGACAUCAUUUUUUGCAAUUUCUCAGGUUUGAUACCGACUUCAAUUGGUAACCUUACCACUCUCAACAAUUUGGAUCUUUCAAUUAAUAAUUUUUUUGGGCAGAUCCCUUUUUCAUUGGCCAACCUCACACAACUCAGUCAACUAGAUCUUUCCUAUAAUAGUUUCAGUCCACAGACCUUGUCUUGGCUUGGUAAGCAAACAAAACUCACUCUUCUGAACUUAGGGCAGACCAAUUCAUAUGGUGACAUUCCAGCUUCUCUUAAGAACCUGACCCAGCUUACCAUUUUAAGACUUAACCGAAAUCAACUGACUGGUCAAAUUCCAUCUUGGCUUGUAAACCAUACCCAAUUAAUUGAGUUGGAUCUUGGGGUCAAUAAAUUGCAUGGUUCUAUUCCACAGUCAAUUUCUAGACUAGUGAAUCUCAAAGACCUGAGUCUAGCUAAAAAUAAUUUCAAUGGCAGUGUCAAAUUUGACUUGUUUUUAAACCUAAAAAAUCUUACUCGACUCCAACUUUCAGGAGUCCAUUUAUCAUUCCCCCUCACUUCCACUGUCAACGCCAGUACUCCAAAGCUUAUGCUUUUAGGAUUGGUAGCAUGUAACUUGACGGAGUUCCCAAUUUUCUUGCGUUUCCAGCAUGAAUUGGAGGCUGUGUAUCUUUCCCACAACGAUAUUCAUGGUCAAAUACCAAAAUGGAUAUUCAACAUGGGUAAACAAACUCUCUUAUCUUUGGAUCUAAGUUUCAACUACCUUACAGGUUUUGAGUCUUUCAACCACACUUCACUUAUUCUUCCAUGGGCUAGUUUACUUAUUUUGGACCUUAAUUCCAACAAGCUGAAUGGGUCACUCCCAAUUCCACCACCUUCCAUUGUCGAAUAUAGUGCCAAAAGCAAUACACUGACCGGGCAAAUCUCACCAUUGUUUUGCAAUCUCAGCUCAAUUGAAGUAUUAGAUCUUUCACACAACAACUUGAGUGGCAUGCUACCACAUUGCUUGGACAACUUGAGCAAAUUCUUGUUAGUGUUGAGCUUACGGAACAAUGAUUUCCAUGGAAUACUUCCUACAGCAUACAUGGAAGGAAGUACAUUGAAAGUAAUGGAUGUGAGUUAUAAUCAGCUCGAAGGGCAGAUACCAAGAUCAUUAUCCAAUUGCACAAUGUUGGAGAUUCUUCUUCUUAGUAACAAUCAGUUCAAAGACAUUUUUCCCUCUUGGUUGGGGAAGCUUCCAAGUUUGAAGGUUCUAAGUCUACGAUCUAAUGGGUUCCAUAGUUCAAUUGGGAAACCUAAAAGCAAUUUUGAGUUCCCUAAGUUGCACAUCAUUGAUCUCUCUUACAACAAAUUCACAGGUAAUUUGCCAUCCGAGUACUUCCAAUGUUGGAACUCCAUGAAAGUUGUGAACUUGACUGAUAGUAAGGUUGACAACCUGCUCACAUAUAUGGUCACAAGGGCCAACCCGAUAUAUUUGAUUGCUGUCACUAUAAUCACAUCACAAGAUUUUGUAUGGUUUGAUUACUAUAGUUUUUCCCUGGAAUUAACAAGCAAAGGCAUCGAGACAGUGUAUGAAAAGAUCCAAGGUACUCUUAUAGUUGUUGAUCUCUCGAACAAUAGAUUUGAAGGAGAAAUUUCAGAAGUCAUUGGAAAUCUAAAGGGACUUCAUUUACUCAAUUUAUCCAACAACUGUCUCAUUGGUCAUAUUCCUUCAUCGUUGGGGAACUUGACGGAGCUUGAGUCUUUGGACUUUUCUCAAAACAAUCUCUCAGGAGAGAUUCCUCAACAAUUAUUACACCUCACAUUCCUUGCAUUCUUCAAUGUCUCAAAUAACCACCUCACGGGUCCUAUUCCACAAGGUCAACAAUUCGCUACUUUUCAAAGUAAUUCAUAUUUGGGAAACACGGGUUUGUGUGGUAAACCUUUAACCAAGAAUUGCAAAAGUUAUGGGUCAUCAACACAACCUCUGCCGAAUCCCAAACGAGGUGAAGGUUCAAAUUUCCCAAGUAAAUCUAAUUGGGUAGUUAUAAUGAUGGGAUAUGGAAGUGGGUUAGUAGUUGGAUUCGUUAUUGGGAAUAACCUGAACAUAAGAAAGUUAGAGCGGGUUGUCAAGAAUUUAAGAAGAAGACAAUAAAAAUUAUUGAUGAGGGGGAAAAAUGAAGGGAUGUACAAGAGUUGUAUUUGAUUCACCAAGCUUUUCGUCAUAAAUUUCCGCACAUGAGGUUGUUCUUCAUUUUAGUAGAUACAUGUCUAUAGAAAUCUAGCGUAUAUCUAUAAUAAUGUACUACGUUGUUGAAUA